AUGACUUGUCGACGGCCAGGCGCGUGUGCUUUGGUGCUUGCCGUGCUCAUCGACUGCUUGAUCAGGAAUGCCAUCAAUGCGCUGGGCGGUUUGUCAGCCGUGGCCGAGGCGGCGCUUAGCGGCGAUGACAAGGCCAAGCUGACCCUGGCGCUGCGGCCCGACGAUCCUUACGCACAUCCGCUUGCUGCGACGCGAAGUCCCAACCACCACCUGCUUCUCAAAGUGACGCGCCGGCGCAAUGCGCCGCUGAGCGCCGCCUCUGACGUACGAGUCGAUCCCGUGGGUGUGGUUGAGGCCAAGUUUGAAUUCAAAGAGCCGGCCGAUUUCCAGUACAUCCCAGGCCUUCCACCUGCGAACCAGCCGUUGUUUCAACCUCCGCGCCCGGAAGACGACAUCCUACAUCCCGGUUGGCUGGAGGCAGAGGUGGAGAACGACAUGGUUCCACCCGUGUUUUGUCCCGCGCAGCCGAAAAACACGUACAACUUCCAAGAAAACCCCAUCAAGGGUCGCGUCACGAUUGAACAGCGUCAUGUUCGAAAAACGCAGCAAAAACCAGGACAGGUUCACUUUGACAUUGAAACCGUUCCGGCAGAGCCGGCGAUGGAGCUUAGCCCAACUGAGCUAACAGACGCUACCCGAGCCGCAGCCUAUGAGCGACUCAAAGAGCUCUUCAAGCGUCAACCCAUUUGGCCCCUCAAGGGCAUCACUGAAGAGCUUCAACACGACGUGGAUCACAGUACCAUGGGAUGGCUCGUCAAAGUGCCCCUCCGCUCGGUCGCUUACAACUUCAAAUCUGGACCCUGGCGAAGCUUACACAUUGCCUACGGGUACGACCCACGAGCAGAUCCCAAGGCACACAAGUUUCAGACUGUCGACUGGCGCUCACAACGCAACAACCACAACGCGAUUGCUGCUAAGCGCAGUUCGCUAGCGCGAGCCACCGGUCAGGCAGCGAUUGCACAAGGCAACGACUCACACAUGUUUGUGUUGCUGCAUGCUGGCACGGGCGUGGACCACGUCUCUUCGCUCUCGCUUACAUCUUGCUCCUGCUUGUGCCACUACAUGAUUUGCGACCUGCAUGAUGAAGACAUUCAGGCUCUCGUUCAGAAGCGGCCGCUGCGAAGCAAAUGUCAUCGGCAAGACUUUCUUCGGCUCAUGUCAGAACGGUGUUCAUGCAGGUAUCAGACGGGUGGUUCCAACCAGGCGUCAUCACAAGUCUGCGACGGCUCUUGA